UGAUGGGUUUUGGGGUGAGGGAUUUCUCUGCGGCUCGCUAGCCAGCCUCCAGUCUCGCCGGGGCUGCCGCUGUUUUUUUUUCUUUUCAAACUGUAUUUUUUUUGGUUUUUUUUUAAAUGAGGGGAGCUUUAGUUUCCUAAGUUUGCAACUCUAGUAGACACACAUACUCAGGCGUAAGGCCCAUGGACCUCAAUGGGGCUUUCUUCUGAAUAGGUAAAAAAGUGACACCGCAUGGUUUGCUGUCAUCUUUAAUGGUGGGAUUCCUACAUAGCUCUGCGUGGCUUCUUCUGAAGCUGUUCUUUAGGACUGCUUGAAUAUUCUGAAUAUUUCAGGUCUGUUUUGGAUUCUGUUGAGACUGGAAUAUGUCAGCUUCAAAAAAGGACUGAGUUGUCGUCUCCCUGUCUUGUCUGAUUCUGUUCAUAAAAACUUUUCCAGAGCAGCAACAUUUUGGUGUGGCUCAUACCCCUGCCAUAGCAGGCAAGGGGCUGAGAGGGAGCUGUCAGCAUGGCAGAUACAUUGGAAUUCAAUGAAAUAUACCAGGAGGUGAAGGGAUCUAUGAAUGAUGGCCGUCUCCGGCUAAGCCGUCAAGGUGUGAUUUUCAAGAACAGCAAAACAGGAAAAGUUGACAACAUUCAGGCCUCAGAGUUGGCAGAGGGCAUCUGGCGCCGAGUGGCAUUGGGUCAUGGUCUCAAGCUAGUUACGAAGAGUGGUCAUGUCUACAAGUAUGAUGGAUUCAGAGAGACGGAGUUCGACAAACUCUCAGAUUUUUUCAAGACUCACUUCCACUUGGAGCUGGUUGAAAAAGACCUGUGUGUUAAGGGGUGGAACUGGGGAACAGUGAAGUUUGGAGGGCAGCUUCUCUCAUUUGACAUUGGGGAACAGCCAGUUUUUGAGAUUCCACUCAGUAAUGUAUCUCAGUGCACAACUGGCAAGAACGAGGUGACACUGGAAUUCCACCAGAAUGAUGAUGCUGAGGUAUCACUCAUGGAGGUGCGCUUCUAUGUGCCACCCACCCAGGAGGAUGGUGUGGACCCUGUGGAGGCCUUUGCACAAAAUGUGUUAUCCAAGGCAGAUGUCAUCCAGGCCACUGGAGAUGCCAUCUGCAUUUUCCGGGAACUGCAGUGCUUGACACCACGUGGGCGCUAUGACAUACGCAUCUACCCCACCUUCCUUCACCUCCAUGGCAAGACUUUUGACUACAAGAUCCCCUAUACGACUGUUCUGCGGCUUUUCCUGCUACCCCAUAAAGACCAACGCCAGAUGUUCUUUGUGAUCAGCUUAGAUCCUCCCAUAAAACAAGGCCAAACUCGCUACCACUUUCUUAUCCUGCUCUUCUCUAAGGAUGAGGACAUCUCUUUGACUCUCAACAUGAAUGAGGAUGAAGUUGAGAAACGCUUUGAGGGAAGGCUCACUAAGAAUAUGUCUGGUUCCCUGUAUGAGAUGGUCAGUCGUGUUAUGAAAGCCCUUGUAAACCGCAAGAUCACAGUGCCUGGAAACUUUCAAGGGCAUUCUGGGGCCCAGUGUAUCACAUGCUCUUACAAGGCUAGCUCUGGACUCCUGUACCCUUUGGAACGGGGCUUCAUCUAUGUGCAUAAGCCACCUGUUCACAUCCGCUUUGAUGAAAUCUCUUUCGUAAAUUUUGCCCGUGGGACCACAACAACACGCUCUUUCGAUUUUGAGAUAGAAACAAAGCAGGGGACACAGUACACUUUCAGCAGCAUAGAAAGAGAGGAAUAUGGCAAGCUGUUUGACUUUGUGAAUGCCAAGAAGUUGAACAUCAAGAACCGAGGACUCAAAGAGGGCAUGAAGAAUAUGCCCUAUGAUGAAUAUGCUGGCUCAGAUGAAGACUCCCAUGAUGCUUACUUAGAGCGUAUGAAGGAGGAGGGCAAGAUUCGCGAGGAGAAUGCGAAUGACAGCAGCGAAGACUCCGGGGAGGAGACAGAUGAAUCAUUCAAUCCUGUGGAGGAGGAAGAAGAUGUGGCAGAAGAGUUUGAUAGCAAUGCUUCAGCCAGCUCAUCUAGCAAUGAAGGAGAUAGUGAUGAGAGGAAGAAGCCUGCCAAAAAAGCCAAAAUUGUCAAGGAACGCAAGCCACGCAAGAAGCCAUCUGAGGGUAAAAAAGGGAAAGAUCCCAAUGCCCCCAAAAGACCUUUGUCUGCCUACAUGCUCUGGCUGAAUGCCAAUCGUGACAAGAUCAGGUCAGACAGUCCUGGCAUGAGUGUCACUGAUGUGUCCAAGAAGGCUGGAGAACUGUGGAAGGGGAUGUCCAAGGAGAAGAAAGAGGAAUGGGAACGUAAAGCUGAAGAAGCCAAGAGGGACUAUGAGAAGGCCAUGAAAGACUACAGUGAGGGGGGCAAGUCGGACAGCUCCAAAAAAGAAAAAUCCAAGAAGAAAAAGAAGCCAGAGAAGCCAGGGAAAGGCAGACCAGAGAGGAAGGCUGCUCCUCCUCCAAAAUCUGUUACCAGCAAGAGUCCUUUGAAGCAGCUAGGCGGCGAGAGCUUUAAGAGCAAGGAAUUUGUUUCAAGUGAUGAAAGCUCCUCGGGCGAGGACAAGAAGGAGGACUCAGAUGAAGAAGAGAUUGCCAGCACUCCACCUAGUUCAGCAGAUUCUGGCUCUGGAUCAGAUUAGCAGGAAAUUACCCACACGACCACUUGGGUUCCCUUAUCCUCAUUACAGGUGGUGUGGCUGUUAUGUUUCUGAGGUGGGACUUACUGGACACAGUUUCAUCCAGAGAGGUAGACUGGAGAGCUGGUGCCAUGUGGGAGUAUCAGCCAUGCUUCAGUGGCCUAUUAAGCUCGUUCCCUGUCUCAGUAUUGCAGGUUGUAGUCAGGGCCAGUUGUUACAUCUGAAGAGGGAGGAUGCUACUAAGAGAGAGGGAGGAUGGAGAAAGCCAAUCAUCCCCCCCCCCAAUCUCUAUGUUGUUCUAGAUGCACUGUAUCCUGUUAGAGGGUGUUCUGGGCAGCAUGUGGCAUACAGCUGGGACACUAUGCAGCCUCACCAGUCAGAUUCAAAUGGUGUUCCUCCCGUUUAUUUUCCCUUUCUUUUUACAAAAUUCUCUUUGUAUUUCUGUUUUAUUGUGGCUGAUUUAAUAAAAAGCAAGUGAAUUUGAGUCAGAUUU